CCUUCUGUUUCCACCCUUCCUCUCUUCUUGACCCCUUCCAAAUCUUCACCGAGGAACUGAGGAUGGUGGAUCUCUCGGCUCUCAUUGGCUCGCUUCCCUCUCCUCUCCGCCACCUUCGUUCGUUUCUCUCAGUUUUGGUGGCGUUCUCGCGAUGUGUGAAGUAUUUGUCCGUGUGAAGAUCAGAAUUUGACGGCCAAAUGUUUGUGUUUUCAACUUUUUCGACUAAUUUCGUGUUUCAAGCCUCACGGCUGUUCUUUGAGGUUGAAAGUGUUUCCUAUUAACUAUCGGAUUUGCCAGCGUACCAGGUGUUAGCUUGUGAUUUCAAGAUAAUACAAGUCCCGAUUUGAAGUGUUCAAUGGAGGUUAUGAGCCAAGUGUUCGGUGAUCGCAAUAUUAAGUGUCCACAGCAUCCUCUUUCGUUAUGAAUACUCGAUCGAACUUUAGUAAUGGGCCUGAACGACCUCCCUCGAAUCAAAAUUAGUUGAUUUGUCGUGUCUCAAUUCUCUGAGAAUGGUUCCCUCAGCUUCCCUCAAAAACAGCUAUGUAGAUGCACCUAGCAACCUUUAGUGCCUUAUUAUGGAAGUGAAUGGACUGACUAUUUCUGUAUUGAUCUACCUUUGCUUUAGUUUUUUUGUUGAAUCUUCACCUCAAACGAAAACGAGAAUUCCCGAAUGUGAAUCUUUGGGUGAUACUGUGGAUUGCUCCGAUCAUCGAUUAACCUCCGUGCCAACUGAUCUGCCGAAAUGGACCAAAAUAUUGAAGCUGAACAAAAAUCUUCUUACAAGUAUUCCUCCCAUGAACAUCUCUGGUUCUCUUAUAUCCCUCAUUGUAUCGAAGAACAAAAUUCAAAAUGUCGGACUCCUUUCUCUUGACAAAUUCCCGGCGCUCAAAACUUUAAUCCUAAAUGACAAUAACAUCACAGCAAUAAAUGAAGCUGAUUUUGACGGUUUGACCUCACUAAAAUCAUUGAAGAUAAAUAAGAACAGGCUUGAAAUUCUUAACAAAACUUCUUUCCGUCAGUUGAAAGAGUUAAAUGUUUUAGAGUUAAUGCGAAAUCGUAUCAGUUCUAUCUCUGGUAUCAAAUUUCAAGGAUUAGAUAAUCUGAAAGUCCUAAAAUUGAGCCAGAACAAGAUUAAAAGUUUGCCAGAUGGAGCUUUCUUUGGACUGAAAAAUCUUGAAAUUCUGAACUUGGACCGAAAUGCUCUCAGUGUCAUCUCAAAGAGCUGGUUAUUUGGUCUUGAUUCCCUACAAAGUCUAUCAAUUAGCCACAACAGAAUCUACAAGAUUGAUGAUGGUUGGGAAGGAACUCAGACGCUAAUAAAUCUGAAUCUAUCUUUCAACGAAAUUACCGCCAUCGAAAAUGAUACUUUUAAAGACCUGGGGAAGCUUAACCAACUGAACCUCAACAACAACCAUAUCACUCUCAUUGCUGAAGCUGCUUUCAAUCACACUCCAGUUCUUGAAACUUUGGAGCUGAAUAAUAAUUUCAUUUCAUGGACCAUUGAAGAUUCAAUCAGCUUCUUCAGCAGCCUGAAACGACUCAUAAAACUAUCCUUGGUUCAUAACCUUGUCACAUCAAUCAACAAAAAUGCUUUCAUCGGGCUAGAGUCUCUUGUAGAACUUGAUCUUGGGAAUAACAAGCUAAUCUCGAUUGAUGAAAAUGCCUUUUCUAGUUCACCAAAUUUGAAACGAUUGCAUAUAAAUUCAACUUCUUUGCUUUGUGACUGUGCAUUAGCUUGGUUUCCACAGUAUGUUAUCCGUAGAAAUUUAGAGAAAAAAAAUAUCUCUGCCGUCUGCAGUCACCCUCAAUUGACAUUCAGCAAAAGCAUUCUUGAUUUAUCCCCCGAGCAGUUUGUUUGUGCUGCAAAUGAUGUCCCUCGGCCUCAAAUCGUAGAAGAUCCAGAAGAGCAGAAAGCGCUGGCGGGUAAUGAAGUUACCCUGAAAUGUGCAGCAUCCUCAUCGUCUGACUCGCCCAUGGUUUUCUUAUGGAAACGUAACAAUGUAGUCUUGGACAAGGAUACAAAAAAUCGUCAAGUUCAUGAGAAAAACAACUCCAUCAUCCAUUACUCACAAUUGAAACUCCUAAAUGUAUCUACAAGUCAUAGCGGAUACUAUCAGUGCAUCGUUACGAAUGGUUUUGGUAAUGCAUAUUCUAAGAGAGCCCGCCUAGAGAUUUAUGUAUUCCCAGUUUUCUCUAAGAGUCCAAACAACAUCACUGUACGGACAGGCUCCACUGCUCGUUUGGAUUGCGCUGCGGCAGGCCUUCCUGCCCCACAGAUCGGCUGGAACAAAGAUGGAGGAAGCACAUUCCCAGCCCUAUCUGAGCGACGAAUGAAUGUCAUGCCAUCAGACGAUGCAUUUUUCAUUGUCAAUGUCAAAGCUGUUGAUGCUGGUGUUUACAGCUGCACUGCCCAGAAUGCAGCAGGAAUAGCGGCAGUCAACGCCUCUAUAUAUGUCUCAGAGCCACCGUCCUUCGUUGAAAAAAUGAAAGAUAAAGAAGCCAAACCUGGAGAAGCAGUUGUUCUUGAGUGCAUGGCCACCGGUCUUCCCAAACCAAACCUUGUUUGGAGCAAAAAUGGGGAAAGGAUUACUAACCAAUCAAAUACUCGUUACUUCUUGACUGCUGAUGAUCAAUUACUGAUCAUUCGAGACACUGAACAAAAUGAUGCAGGAAUAUUUGAAUGUGAGGUCUCCAACUCCCUUGGCUCAGAACGAGGGCGCUCUCAGCUUUACAUUAUACCACUUUCAGGGGAAAGUUUCGUAAGCAAGCAUGUGAUUGGCAUCCUGAUGAUUAGUGCAGUACUUGUAGCAGUCAUUACCUCAGCCAUUUGGGUCUGUUUAAUAUCCUAUAUUCGAGCAAAAGGACAGCAAUCUUCUUCGGUUGCUCCAACUCAAGCUGAUUCUAAAUCAGACCAUUCAAGCCAAAGUAGCAAAGAUUCGGGCACUGGUGAAUCUCCUAGGCGCAGCAGAGAAGAUCUCAUUUGUAAUGGAACCACAGGUCCUCAAUUUAGUGAUGAGCAAAACAAUUCGGUCUCAGUUCCAGAGGUAAAUUUGCCUCUUCUUUCAAGUUUCCUAUCAUACAAUGGGGAGAACGUCCAAACCUGCUUGAAGGAAACACUCCCAAUGUGCCAUCGGAAGCUUCCUCAUAGGCGCUCAACCUAUUUUGAUAUUCCUGUACCUCCGGACAAAUAUUUCACGGUCAGAUCUCAAAUGCCUUGUCACAGUAACUCUAAUUUAGAAAGUAAUAGUGAGAAGUGCACAUGUGCACCGACCGACUUCAAAAAGUCGGUCUCCUUUGUUCCCCCUGAUUGUAAAAAGUACUGUGUACUUUUGACAUCACAGUCAGAGCCGGGGGAAACUGGUUCCGAGGCGCCAAAAAGCCCGUCACCUAGUCAAAUUAGCAACUCUACGUAUCACCAAGUGAGGCCAAGUUCGAGUCUGAGCCAAGCCUCUUCGCCGCCCAGUCAGAGGCAUUCCUAUGUGUCCCCGUAUUGAAAUACAUUUUAUUAGAUAAAUGUGUAGAAUAUUGUACAAAUGACUGUAAAACGAACGCUAUCCAGUGUGUAAAGACAAAGUUCCUCAUAGGUGUAAGAUUUAUUGCGGAAAAGAAGACUUUAGAAUUUUUAAGCUAACAAGACUGCAGACACUGCUCAAGGUUAAUUAUUCCUCCUUCUUGAGUCCUCUAUCGAGUGGGUUUAAUAAAAUUCAAAAAUACAAAAUUACCAUCAGAUGAGAAUGCUCAUGCCUUAGUAACCUGAUCCAUUCUACCUUUUUUAAUUUUAAGUGAAGAUGUUCCAGUUUGGACUGCUGUUUGUCCUAUCUAGAAGACAACUUUUGGGGGGUCAUGAACCCAGGUCCCCCUGGAGGGACCCAGGGAUGUGGUCGUACCCCUCAAAUACGAACAAUUUCGAAUCAAAAUCUGCCUUUUGAGAUACAUUUUCUUAAUGGAAAUUAAUAAGAAAUUUUUUGGAAUAAAUUGCAAGUCUAUUACUACUUCAAAAUGGCAGCUGCUGGAAGUUUUGAAAAACUCAAUUUGAUCAAGCUGUUUUUUUAAAUAGGGUGAGUGAUGCAAUCUUCUGGUUUAGUCAAAAAAGAGUCUGUACUUAUGUACCUUUCAAUAAUGAUUCAAUCGAGGUUGUCCACAACCAAAUGUUUCUCCUAUUUUUUCAAUGGCCUUCAUUUAGUGAAGCAUCAUUAGAAAGCAUAAAAAAGAAACCUCUUGAAUAGAACAGACGACCAUUAUCUGUUGCCAGUUCAAAAUGGCAACCCAAUAAAGAUGAAUUUUUCAAAUCCUUGAUUACUUGCCAUUCUAGAACAGUGGAAGAGGCUUGCUAAUUGUCCUAGAAUGUUACAUUUUUUAUAUGCUCUCUGUCACAAGUAGGGGGUAUGACCCUCUCUUAAGGCCCUCCUAAAAGGACUAGGAAAUACUUGAGAACAAUAGUCCUAACUGGAACAUUUUAACUUGAAAAUAAGAAAAAAGUGAAAGCUGGUCAAGUGUUUUUUUCUCCUAUCGUUUAAACGGUCACAGACGGAGAAUUGGCUAUCUUUUUUGUCAAGGUUCUCUUUGCCUAUAAACUCCGCAUCAAAUGUGUUAUCAUUCAGAAAAAUCACAUGAUGCCAGGGAACCAAGUUAAAAGAUGGCACAACAAACAUAAUUUUUGGCUCAAAAUUUCGGAUAUUUUCAAUGAAAAAAUUAUCGUAUGUUGGAGUUUUCUAGCCAAUGUUUGUGGUUUUUUUACGACCUGUGCGUUCACUGCAAUCAGUUUGUGGAAAACAUUAUGUGGAAAAGAGUGAAAGGAAGAAUUGGUCAUUAAUAGCGAGAUAUUUCAACACACUGAAUGUAUCAUUAUUCUUUGUUGGUACUUGUAUGAGCAUGCUUAUUUUGUGUAAGCGAUUCAAGCUUAUUUGUCAGAAAAUAUUUUGUAUUUUACGCGGAAAAUAAGUAGUAUUUUUAAUUUUACUAUGCCCACUAAACUGGAGGCUUCUCACUAUUUAUUAGAGACGACGUAGUCCUAGAUUGCCAUUCCUAAAAUUUACUCGUUCUUUCACUGUAAUACGGAGUAAAAUAGGAGUAACAAAGGUUUUGCUUGCUUUGAAAAUGACCUCUAAAUGAUCUGUAGAUCAAUAGAUGAUUGGUUACUAUCGUUCAUAUAAAAUAGGGGUAUAAUGUAAUUCAUCAUUACAUCAAACAAAAUCUCCUAAUACUUCGGAAUUUUCCAUUUUAUUCGAAACAGUAAUAAAAA